AUGCUAUCAUUUUCUCCACUUCCAAAAUGGCCUCCUCUAAAUUUAGAAUCACAAAUAUUUGCUGUUCGUGCCGCAAGUGAUAAUUCAUAUAUUGCUGCGUCAUUAUCAAAUGGACAGAUUGCUUUGAUUAGUGGAACAACUGGAAGGCUUUCGUUUACAUUAAAUACAUCUCAAGAAUCAUUCCCAUCAACAUCUUUAAGAUUUCAUCCUAAAAAUCCUCGCGCAAUACUCACGGUUUCAUCUGAAGGAACAAUUAGCGAAUUUUCUACAAAAACUUCACAGGCAAAAUGCACUUGGUCAACCACAGAGAAGGAUAAUCAGAUAUUUUCUCUUGAUGUCAGUCCUGAUGGUGAUAAAUUUGCCACGGCAGGACUAGAUAAAUCGAUUCGAAUUUACGAUUACGAAACUCAAAAAAUACUAGCUACGUUAUCGAAAUCUCAGUACAAUGCGGACUCCAGAGGCCACACAAACAGAAUAUUUUCAUUAAUUUUUGAUCCAACUGAUUCAAAUAUUCUAGUUAGUGGCGGAUGGGAUGACACAAUACAAUUCUGGGAUCUCCGCAUUAAAUCCUCCGUUAGAUCUCUCUUUGGUCCUCAUAUUUGUUCGGAUAGUAUUGAUAUUCACGGAAAUAACUUAAUUGCUGGUAGCUGGAGGACUCUCGAUCAGUUACAGCUAUUCGAUACGAGAACAUUUACGAUGACUGCGAAUAUUAAAUGGAAUAAAGUUCCAUCCGAGCAUAGUGCGCUUAUUUAUACGGUUAAAUUCCAUCCGAGUGGUGAAUUUUUCGUUGCUGGUGGUUCUGGAGAGACUUCUGUUCGCGCAUUUUCAAUAAAAUCUUUCUCUCAAGUUGGAAAGCCAGCUAACUUUAAUUCGCCGAUAUAUUCUGUCGCAUUCAAUAACAAUGCUGAUUCUAUUUUCAUUGGAACUCAAAAUGGAGAAAUUCACAAUUAUGGUAUUCAAUUUACCAGAAACUGA